AUGCUUUGUUAUGAUGGUGUCCUGUGUACUUUCUACAUGCUUCAGAUUGUAAUUGGAACAUUUGGGAAUGAUUUACUUCUUUACAUGUAUAGCUUUAAUAUAAUCACUACUCAAAGCAUAAGACCCAUUGACGUGAUUUUCAUUAAUUUGGCCUUUUCCAACUUUGUGGUGAUUCUCUUGAGAGGAGUUCCAUGGGCAAUCCAUUCCUACCUUCAGAAAAUUUUCCUGAGUGACUUAGAAUGUAAAAUCACAAUUUAUCUUCCAAAAGUGGCCCGGGGCAUUUUCCUUUCUACUACCUGCCUUCUGAGUGUCUUCCAGGCCAUUACUAUCAGUUCUGGCCAUUCCAUAUGGGCUGAGUUCAAAGCCAGAGACCUGAAGUGUAUUGUUUCAUUCUGUGUUUUCAUAUGGAUUCUUAAUCUUUUAGAUGGGGUUGUGCCUCUGUAUGUGACUGGCACUAGGAGCAACACAAACAGUAAUGUAAGUAGAAAUCUAGGCUAUUGUUCUAUAGGCAGGCAUGCCUUGAAUACCUCAAAACUUGUGAUCUGGAAGUCACUUCAUGACGCAGUGAUUGUGGCNUUCAUGGCCAUUACCAGUGGCUACAUGGUGGUUGUUUUGUACAGACACCACUGGCAAAUCCAGCACAUUCAUAAGACCAGUCUCAAUCCCAGUUCUUCCCCAGAGACCAGAGCUACCAAAGCCAUCCUGUUGCUUGUGAGCAUCUUUAUAUGCUUCUAUUCAUUCAGUUCCAUCUUUAUUAUUGUGUUGGAUAAUUCUAAAGACACAAAGCCAUGGAUGAUACAUAUCUCUGUUGUUUUUUCCUUGUGUUACCCAACAAACAGUCCCUUUCUUUUAAUCAGCAGUGACUCCCAGAUGCCCAAUUGUUAUAAUGCUUUUAAAAGGUUGAAAAAGACUUUAUCAUCAAAUUCUGAGAACUAA